AUGGAAGUUCCUACAUCGAGAGGACCUUGCUUGAAUCAGUUGCGAUUGGUACUAGACAGAUGCACGAACUGGAGUUUCGAGAAGAGGAGAAUGGUUGGAUGGUUGUGUCUUCUGUCCAUAGGUAUCUUUGGCGUUUCUCCGGAGACUCGAAUUCCUCUUGAGUGUGCCAAGAGAGUACUUGAUCCAGAAGCAUUUGAGAGCUAUCCCUGGGGUCGGGUUGCUUGCAAGAGUUUGAUGAACUCGAUAAAGAUAGCAAGUUAUACUGGGAAGAAGUCAUAUACGUUAUGUGGUUUAGUCCAUGUGUUGCUUAUUUGGGCAUAUGAGGCCAUUGUUGGUGUUAGGAGAAUUAUUCGUGUUAGGCAUUUUUUCCCACAGUUAAGUGACGAAGUAAAUCCUGAGUGGGAUGACGAGGUCACUGAUGAAGAGGUUGACAAUUUGCUCGAAGACUUAAAACACAAUCGGCUUGAUGAAAAUGCGUGGGACAAUGACAGUGACAAAAAUGAAACCGUGGAAAAAAAGAUCACGAAACAGGCCAAAAAACGCAAAGACUUUUAUGGAGUUAGUGCAGCUGACAAGUCUAGAAACAUGAAGAAAAAGGUUCUAGCUAAAGAGGCAGAGGCGGUAGAAAACCGUCACGGUGAAGGUGGUGUUGGUCGUUUGGAUGGUGCUAUCGACGUUAGGGUCGACGUGCGAGUAAAACCCGUUGAGGAGAAGAUGGCCACUAUAGAGAAAGAUAUCCAAACACUAAAAGAUCUUUUACAAGCCCGUGACAACAACGACGUCGUCAACUCAAGUGCCCGUUACAACAAUGACGUCGUCAACUCAAGUGCCCGUGACAACAACGACGUCGUCAACUCAAGUGCCCAUUACAACAAUGACGUUGCCAACUCAACUGCCAACGAUGAAGUGAAUAGUAAUGAUUUGGUACGACUAAAUUCCCUCCUAACCAGGGUUACGGGUUUGGAUGGCCGUGCAGUUGUGGAAAAACGUCAAACGAAAUUGUCAUCGACGCAGCUCUUUCCGUACGUAGAAAACUCUACUGUGAAGCGCAUCAUCGCAGGAGUAAUUCCCUCUGUGGCAGCGUAUGAUCCAUUUGCAGAAGUGGAGGAGAGUACACUUCAACGGUUAUUGGAUUUCAUUGAGCCUGAUGAGUUGGAACCAAAUGGAACAUGGGACACUAAUAUCGAAUUCUACAAAAUCAUUAUCACUCCAAGAGAGGAAUGGUCGAAGGAUUCAUAUGGCUGGUUAGGUGAUUCGCAUAUGGGUUCCACGAUGCUUAUGUUCACCAAAAGGUCUCUUCGCAGUCCAUCUCCGUAUCAUUCAGCACGGAUUGCAUUCUUACAGCAGUGGUUCGUUGAUGUAAUUGUACGCGAUUACAACAGCUAUGAUCCCAAGACCUGGACAAUCCCUGAAAAAUAUAAAGGUGUGUUUAACGGGACAUUACCUGCUGACACGGUGACAAACAAGAAGUGGCUUGAUGAUGUUGACCACUUGUAUGCAUGCCUUCACGUAAACGACAAUCACUGGGUGGCUUUGGACAUUGAUUUGAAGAAGGAGAAGAUUCACGUGUACGACUGUAUUCUUGGGCUGGUGAAAGAAGACAAGAAAAUGCUUGAGUUUUGCCGGCCUCUUGCAAAGAUGAUCCCUGCAAUCUUGAAUGUAAUGGUACCAGCUACCUUUCGUAAGAAGAGCGCUAAGCAAUUCACUGUGAAGAGGUUGACAAAAGGGAUUCCACAGAAUGACAAUCCAGGUGAUUGUGGUGUGUACACUCUAAAGUACAUAGAAUGUCUUGCUCUCGGAAGCACAUUUGAUGGAUUAAGCGACACAAAUAUUCCAGAAAUAUGA